UCUUUAAAUACCAAAUGUAUUAUUCGAAAUGUACGAGCUUGCGCACCUGUAUCCGUUAGAUUUCACAUUUGAUAUCUCACAAUUAAGCGAAGGAAAAAUAUAAGGACUCCGUUUAGAUAAGAUUUACAAAUUAGAUAAGAUUUAUGAACGAAAAUUUAUUACCGUACUCGUCGAAAAGAAGAAUGUAAGGAAGAAAAGAAAGAAAGAAAGAAAAAGAAAGAAAGAGAGAGAGAAAGAGAGAAAGAGAGAGAGAGAGAGAGAGAAAGAGAGAGAGAGAGAAGCAGAAAAGGAAAACAUUGAAUUCCAAUGUCCUCUACGACAAUAAUAAAUUAUCGAUUAUAAUCCAAACGAUAUUCAGCUGGGGUAUGAUAUUCGGUACGCACAUAUAUACCAAUAUGAAAGUUUAUUUACUGGAUGAUUUCAAAAUUCGCGUUGCAUCGCGCGAUCCGCAUUUCAUCGUGAUAAAUAUAAACUCGGAAAAAUUUCACGCGUUGCUCCGAGUGCAAUUUCGAAUAAACAGGCAAGGAAGGGAGUAUGCAAGGAAGUAAACAGCAAGAGUGCGAGCAAGCGAGCAACCAGGCAACCGUUUGUAUAAAGAUUCUCCCGAGUUCGUGUUGUUUGUCCAACGAGAUCACCGAUCGCAUUCGUCGCGUGAAGAAAUGUGCUUAUUCGUCGUUGUACGAGUGACGUAAUUCCUUUCAUUGUGUGUCGGCGAUAUUGAAAGAAAAUUUUUUAAGUGAGAUAUACCAAGUAAAAAACAAAGAAGAAAAGAAAUAGAUUGGUAGAGAGAGAAAGAGAGAGAGGGAGAGAGGAAAAGAGAGAGAAAGAGAGAAAGAGAGAGAGAGAGAGAGAUGAUAAAGAUAUUAAACGCUUGCUUUACCUAUCAUCGUCAUCGUCAUCAUCAUCUGGAACGGCCUCGAGAAGGUCGAACACUCGCACGGCAAAAGCAAACAAUUUGAAUCGCACUAAAAACGUGACGUUUGUUUGUACAACGGACAAAUUACAGAGAGAGAGAGAGAGAGAGAGAGAGAGAAAGAGAGAGAGACAUCCAUACGUAGUUUUAACAUGGUCACCGAAGAAGCGGAUCUAAUUACUGUGCCGAAGCCAGAGAAAAAAUCAUUAUUGGAAAAAUAUGAAAUACCAUUGGAGAAUCUAUCGUACGAAUAUAUCACAGAAUGUACAAAUGGCAAGACCUUGGAACGUAUCGUCAUAAUACUUAGAUCCGGGGAGGAAGGUAUCUAUCCAGAUUUAACGAGACAUGCGGAAGAACGUUUGGCGAUAAUAAAACCGAACAGUACAGUCUUACGAAAGAUUUUACCAGUUCUGACACGUAAAAUGUUGCUACCAGACGAAUGCAAGGAACUCGAUAAUGAUAUUAACGAUUGGACUCGUGAAAUGCAUUGCCGAGAGAAGGAUUUGAAUGAUGGGAAAAUAUCUCUCCUGGAUGAUCCUUCACUUAUCCCAGAAAUUAGACAUACCGAAGAGAUUUCCACGAUGAAAAAAGAUAACAAAGAAAAAUGUGACAUCAAUCGAAAAUCCAAACGAAUAGCAUCUUGCGAUUAUGCUGCUUGGGACAAGUACGAUGUUGACACUGAAAUAAAUAGGAUAGAUUUGCAAGAUGAGAGAAAACAGAUCGAAGCUAAGGAGAUCCAACGAAGACAGAAAGAUAUGGAAAAGAAAAGGAAAGAAAAUUCUAAAGAAAUCAUUCUGAACAAAUCUUCGUUUACUGGUACAGAAAUAGACGUGAUCGCUGAGCAAGAAAGAAAAAAGGGAAAUGAAGCUUUCAGAAUUGGUGAUUAUGUCGAUGCAUUACGAUUUUAUGACUCCAGUAUCGCGAUAAAUUCAUGCCCAAUCGCUUAUAAUAAUCGAGCUAUGACACUCAUUAAGUUACAGCGUUACGAAGAUGCACUCAAUGAUUGCAAUAUUGUGCUUUCCGAGGAUGACAAGAAUAUCAAAGCACUUCUUCGACGUGCAUUGUGUCUCGAAAAUCUGGAUAAAAAACAAAAAGCUCUAACCGAUUACGAGACAAUCUUGAAACUGGAACCGACAAACAGGACGGCCAUUGCUGGAAUUAAUAAAUUAAGAAAACCUUGCGAAUCUAAAAGAGUGAGAAUGAAAAUCGAAGAGGAAACGUCUUCGAAUGAAAUUUCGAAGAUCGUCGGAGGUGAGGGUGAUACUGAAAAAAUAAAUAUUAUUAAAAAGUGUCUUUCAAAGUCAUCCAAUAAAAAGAUUGAAAAUGUUAUUGAAAAUAAUAUAUGUAUUUGUGAGAGAGGACCAGGACCGUCUCAUAGUAACAAGCCUUUACCACAUAUCAAAGAAAAUUAUUGUCUUCGAAGUGAAAGUAAACGGAUAUUAUCAAGUUGCAAUGAAAUUAAUCUUGGAUUAACGAAUAUUAAUUUAUCUUCUUCUAACAAUGAUACGUCUAACGAAUUAACUUCCAUUUUAAUUGGCCAAGAAUCGAAAUCUAUAAAACAUAAUAAACAAAAAUCAAUUUUUUCUUGUAAAACGAGAAGUACAUCUGGAGUUGUCAUAGAGGAGAUCCCAAAUGAUCAAUCAUAUACGAAAAAAAUUAAAUCUAUCGAUAGAAAGGAUAAUGAAGAAAUAAAAAAUAAUCAUAAUACAAUAAAUAGAAAUAAAUCUAAUUCGUUAGAGAAAAAAAAUGAGGUCAAAAGAAAAUACAAUGAUGAUGAAUCAUGUCGGAAGAAAGAUAAAACUUUUAUGAAUUUGGAAAAUAUAUCAAGCCCGUACGAAUUUCUACGUGCAUGGCAAUCUUUAAAAGAUGAUAAUGAUUUAAAAAUACAUGCUCGACUAUUACGAACUUUAAAAUUCGAAAAUCUCAGUACAGUUAUAGGUAACAAACUCGAUGGAAAUAUGUUCAGUUUAAUAUUACGUUGUUUAGAACAACAUUUUUGUAAAUCCGAAGAUUGUGAACUACUUGUUCGUUAUUUAAAAUCAAUUAGUCAAUUAAGUCGAUUUUCUAUUGUAAAAAUGUUUAUGGAUAAUAAUGAUAAGAAAGCUUUAUCGAAUAUAUUCCAAUUUUUAAAGGAUCAAGGAUCUAAGGAAGUAUCAGUCUUACGUGAAGUUUAUAUUUAAAACUAUGUAAAUCAUAUUUAAUAUUAAAUUAAAUUUAACAUUUUAAAAUUGA